AUGAGCGGCGACGAGAAUAACUCCACUGCUGGCGGUAGUUCGCGCAAGCGUAGCGGCUCAGCGCUUUACAUGGGCCCGCGCAAAAUGGCAACCUCCUCGAAUCCCCUUGUUCUUCAUGGGCGACAUUUUGGCCGGAUGGUAUUUGCAUUAUGUAACUAUCCUGCUCUUUUGACUUCUGGCAUACUUCGACUCCAAGAAUUGCAAGACUCCCCGAUAGAGGAUUACCCGGCGGAUAUUAGACGAGAACACAGGGUAUUUAUGGAACUGAUAGACUCAUACCCUGGUCUUCUAGAACACCUGACAAAUGGUGACGAGGAGGAUGUCAUUCACAUAGGAGAACUGAUGGGCAAAGGAGCAUCUGGUGCGCGAGACGACGAUACGAAGACUCUCAAAUCCGCUGUCCUCGAAUGGCUUGUACCCAGAGGACAGGCGGUGAUACCGCCCCUCUCGCGCAACAUAAAGUCUGACCGCGGGUUCAAUCAUGAAGUCACUGGCGCAUUGCUCUGCCCUGCAGUUUGUAAUAGCCUAACAAUGUUAACGCUACCCAGGACCAAACAAAGUCUUAAAAGCGGUGAAACGGCAGUGUGCGGUGACCAAUGGCCCAUGUUUUUAUAUGCAGGGUACGUCUAUGAUCCAGAAGAUCCGUGGAGGGGUUUACUGAGGAGCGACUUACUUAUCUUCGGUUUCAAACACGUAUUCACGUCUCCAAGCUCUGUAGACAAGGAGCCAAAAGCUACGCGCUCCGGUAAUGCAUAUCUCCAUGGCGUGAAAUCUGUAACUAAAGGGUCCUUGGCGUAUAUUGCUACACAGGUUCGGUUUUCUCUGAGUUCAUCUUCAGUGUUUUCACGUACCGACACUGUCACAGACUCUGAGAAUUUUUACCAUACUAUCCUUGACCUCUUGGAUGAUCCUGAUGAAAUUCAGGAAGUAACUGACCUGAUGACGUGGUGGACUCGUCGGGUUUUUCCAAAUUCUUCCUGCUCGCAGCAAAGUAUCAGCCAAAACAGUGCAUUAUCCAAAAUUCGGGAAAAACGGGCUGCCCUGCGAGAACGAAACACUGCUUGUGCUAAUUAG